GAUCAUAGAUGCUAUGUCACUCCCCCUCUUGUCUUGUCAGAUGCACAGUAGGCAACUGCACGCUGGUAAAAUGCAUAUGAGGUGUCAGUUGAAGAAACCCUCCUAACUAGGCGAGGGUGGACUAUAGAGAGAGAGAGAACAGAGCAUACGGAUGUGGGGCAGAUACUGCUAGAGAAAACAAGGAGGGGAAAUACAGACUGAGAGAAGGAGAGGCAUUGAAGCGCAGGGAAACCUUGCUAAAGAAAUUAUUAUUAGGGAGUGGAGUACAUACAGAGAGAGGGAGUGAUUAUAGCAAAGGGAGCCACAAACUCUGAAAGGGAAAAUGAAACAGUGUAACAAUGACUGAAUGGAUAGAACUGAAUAAAUAAGGUAGAUACAGCAAGAGAGAGGAUAGAUCAGCAGUGCUGGAAGAAAGGCUCUUAUAGUCUCUCUCCUAAGAGAGGAAAAUGUGUAUGAGGAUCCCUAGUUUCUCUGCUGCGUAAAGGAAGCCACUUACUGUACCGGAGCAUCUCUUAACAUAACUCUUUUCAUGAAUUCUCGUACAAAGGUGGAUCUGAAAAUUAACAUUAUUGGUCCAAUGGGAACAGGGAAGACCUCUCUGCUAAAUCAGUAUGUGCACAAAUGGUUCUUGAAUGAUUAUCGGAACACUCUCGGAGCCCAUAUUCUCUCCAAAACCAUUCAACAGGACAACAAUAUCUUAAAGCUGCAGAUUUGGGACACUGGUGGACAAGAACGUUUCCGCUCUUUGGUGUCUACAUUUUACAAAGGCUCAGAUGGGUGUCUGCUAGUGUUUGAUGUCACAGAUAAGGAAACUUUUGAAUGUCUUGAGCUAUGGAGGACAGAUUUCUUAGACAAGAUCCAUCCACCCGUGGAUAACUUCCCAAUUAUUGUACUUGGAAAUAAGAUUGACAUCAACGACCGGCAGGUUUCAAAGGAAUCAGCGGUUUCUUGGUGUAAAGAAAGAGACGUUAUGUAUUUUGAAGUCAGCGCCAAACAUGGCACCAAUGUGGAUCUUGCCUUCGAAACACUUGCACAGAAAGCACUAUUACACUACCAGGAGAAUAUAGAUAGUUGUCUCACUGACUCAAUCAAGUUAACUCCAAGGGAGAAAUCUGAUAGUAACACAUGCUGCUGACCAGAUAUAUACAUCUGCAACAUCUGAUCUAGAAAUACAUCCAGGAAAUGGGACAAAGAACUCUUGAGAGCCCUCCGCACAAUAUGAUACUGUGAUAUAACAGAUAUUGAGUGGAUGAAAUUUUUAUAGUUUUCUAGAACACCAAUAAGGGAUAAGACUGCAUUUUCAAAAGAAGCAAACUUGAUAUGGAUUCUCUGUAAAAACUUUUUUACUUCUUUUUUUUAUGGUAAUUUUCCAUUUUCUUAGUUAAACUGGGAAAGGAUUGUUAUAUUGUAAUUGUUUUAAGUGGAUCGAAAUAAAUCAAUUGAGACUCUAGUCUAAAUUCAGUAAAUAUGGAAGUAUGUCUUCAGAAAGGAAGUUCUGUCCAAUUCCUGGGUUUUUCUAUAGAGCGUAUAUACACUGAAUUGAGAGAUAUUACUCCAUAGUAAAUAUGCUCCUCGGAAUAGCUUAGGAAUUGGAGAAUUUUUGUCUCACUGUAGACACAGAUCUAUUCUCAGUGAAUCUAGGCAACUGUGCCUAUAUAAUGAAUAUUUUUAUUGGACAAUGAAUGGUAUGAAAUAUAUAGAAAAUUAUGUUUUAUUUCUUUAAUAAAAACAAUCUAAAUCUGUCCAAGAGUGAUAUAUUUAGACUGAUAUUGCAAUAAAAACAAGAGUUUCACAAAA